AGGGAGCUAUGAAUUUUGAAUUUGAGAGGGAGAUCGGUUUUAUAAACAGCCAGCCGUCCCUAGCAGAGUGCCUGACGUCCUUCCCUGCCGUCCUGGAGUCAUUUCAAACUUCAUCAAUCAAGGAGUCGACAGUAAUUCCGCCUCCCUUCGAGCACACCAUCCCCAGCCUCAGCCCCUGCACAGCUAGCCAGCCGAGACCGACUGCUAGGAGCCAGCAGAACCGGAGAACCUCCACCCAUAACAAUGGCCUCCAGACGCACCACCGCGCUACCCAGAACCCCUGCCCGACUGGCCAGGUACCGGGCCCGGCAACGAGCACCUCUACCGGGCCACUCGCCCACGAAUUCCCCUGGAUGAAGGAGAAGAAAUCCUCGAAAAAGUGCUCUAAACCUGGGAAUAGUUCCAGCAGCGGUGGAGCUAUUAUCCCGACUGCCUCGUCCUCUCCAUCGCCUGCCGCCUCCGGGUACGCCUCGGCUGGCAUAGACUCGCCCACAGAUCCGAACCAGGCGGGUCUAGACUGCGGAGGCGCGGGGUCCCGUCGGCUGCGCACUGCGUACACCAACACACAGCUCCUGGAGCUCGAGAAGGAGUUCCACUUUAACAAAUACCUGUGUCGGCCUAGGCGGGUGGAGAUCGCUGCCUUACUGGAUCUUACCGAGCGCCAAGUCAAAGUCUGGUUUCAGAACCGUCGCAUGAAACACAAACGUCAAACCACGCAUCACAGAGAGGGUGGGGGCGCGCACGAGUCGGGCGACCCCGGUGGUUUCGAGCCUCUGGAAGGCGCCGAUGCCUCCUCUCCUUAUUCGAGCCAGCCGCUGGAGGCCUCGGGGACCGGGGGAGCCUCGUCGGAUGGUGAACCUGGGAACAGCAAUUCUUCCUCGGCAGCUGCUGUUUCCAUCUCUACUUCCUACGCUAAUGACAACAGGGACAAUGCGCAACCCACGCCCGAGGAGGGAGGCUGUUUGAGCCACCCCGAAACGCAACCGUUGCCGGUGGCAUCUGGCCCUUCUGACACUCCUGCGACCCGCCAGUCCCCAUCGUCAUUCACCCCGACGCCCACCGCCGAUAACCCCAGGACAAUGCAGUUGGAGGAGGCCGGGCAAGGGGCUUCGGCUGCGGCUGCGGCAGCUGGGGCGGUAUCGCUCCCCGAUGGUGCGUUUUCAGAGCGGCAGGACUCCUCAAUCACAACCACGGCCAUCUCUGCUUCCUCUUCCGCUCCGGCCGUCUCUUCCUCGCUCUCCAACUCCUCCACCGCAUCCUCUCUUCCCGAUUUGAAUUUCUUUGCCGGGGACUCCUGUCUGCAGAUAUCCGACGCACUGUCGCCGAGUUUGCAGAGCUCCCUUGACAGCCCUGUAGACUUCUCCGAAGAGGAUUUCGAUUUAUUCACUAGCACACUCUGUACUAUAGACUUGCAGCAUUUAAACUUUUAAUCGGUCCCGGGAAAUUGAAGAAUAGGACUGCAAUUAAAGGGAGGAUGAUGAACCUUUCGAAGACGAUUGUCGAGGAAAACCUGUUUAAACGUUGCCUAAAUAUAGGCUGUAAGAAUGCUUCACGGAAACAUUCCCCAAACAAUUAUGAAGAAAGUUGAUUUUGCUGUUUCUUUUGUAUUGUUUUUUUUUUCUGUGGAAAACUAGUCAAAAUAAUCCUGAAAUAAUUUUAAGAAGCUGGUCCUCGUAUGAUUUUGAGUUUAACCCUUUCACACGAAAUUAUUUGGAUUUAUCAAUUUCUUCUCUUCUUCUUGUCAACAUUUCAGGUAUUUAUUGCCUUUCCUGUUUAAUUCUCCUGUUGAAAUAUAUUUUUUCCCUGCAUUGUAAAUGUUAUUUUAUUACCCAUAGGCUACUGUUUAAGGCCCAUUCCACGAAUGCAGUGCAGCUUAAUCGGCGAUUAUUAAAAACCUCUCAGGAACCGGUGGUGUCGUCUGGAUACAGAUACCUGGGCUGCUUUUAGGAAAAUAAAGACGAUUCGUUCUCUUUGUGAAUGAGACUGGCAAUCUGCUGAGAAAAAACCCUGCUGAUGAGUUUUAGACCCUAGUUUAUUUAUUGAGAUUCUUUAAUAGUGAAAAUAAAAGUCAAAUUAUUUAUUGUACAUUAUUUUCAUAGUGGAAACGAUAAUAACAAUAAAAACUACAUAAAUUACAAAAGGUGACUGUAUUA